AGCAUACCGUGGUUCGUUCCAAACAAGUCAAGGUUGCCAGGUUGUGCUGAUGUGUGAAUGACAACGGUUUGAUUUAGCACGAUAUAAGCCUGUUGAAGAAUCAAUAACAACAGCUGCAGUUGACUCGUCAAUUUCAUAGGAAAGAAUCAUAGACAACUGGGCAAUCGGAGAUGGCAGACUUCACCAACUUUACUGAGACAACACCCACGAACGAUCCCGGCCACAGCCAGUGUGAACAGUCCUAUCCAGCAUGGCAGACACCUCCAACAUCAUGGCCAACAAUGCCAUCAGUGCAGUAGUGUUAAUGGGAAUAGUCCUGGGCCUCAUGCUAGUUGUGACCAACAUGAUGAAUUUUGUGUACAGCCUCUGGACAUAAACAUCCCACCAAAUGGAUAGACAGCCAAUUGGCUGAACUGUGUUUUAUGAUAUUUCAUUGUAGUGAUGUUCUAAUGUGCAAUCCGUUAUUCCUUAUGUGAUGACAAAUCGAGUAACCUCCAUGUAAAUGAUAUUUGUCAAGAGAUUGUUUCCAGUUCUAACAAUUACUAGACUACUUAAAAAACUGUUUCAUUCCACCAUGAUAGUUAAAGUUCACAAGAUGGUUUCUAACCGUUUAACAUUGUUGCUUUUACUGAUACUUUUUGUUGCGAUGAUAAAACAUGCCAGUACUAAACGUGUGCAGAAGAAGGCUGAAAACAAGAAGGAAAUUGAAAAGCCGAAAAACAGAGAAUUAGAUGUUGAUCAUGGACUGUUGCGAAGGGCAGUGCAGUUACCGAUCAAACCACCAAUCCAAAAAAUAGUGGGAGCCAAGGACAGGUGGACCAAGUGGACAGGUCAGUCCUGCGACCAUCUACAGGGUCUCUUAGAUUUGAAGAAAAGAAUCAUGAACAGAUUAAACCAAGGAAUCGAGUCGGUCAAGAAAAAGAAGGACGCUACAGAAGAGGAGAAGAAAUUUGAGAUUCACACAUUUGUUGUCUUCCAAAGAGAAUUAAACGACAGUGAAACUGCCAUUUUCCAGGCUGUGCACAGCUUGAAACACGCCUUGUCGGGAAAUUAUAGAGACAUCUCUUAUAUGAGAGAAGCCAGUUUACAGAGAUUAGAUGCGUUAAAAGCUGCUACUCUACAGGAAGAGGAAGAGUAUAGUGAACUGGUCCGAGUGGAGAAUAAGGUACAAGAACUGGCGCACAAGGCUAACAGUUCCACCUUUCUGGAAGACAUUCUCGCUGAUGUGGCCAAAGCUGCCGACAAGUUAGAAGAGAGCAUGCAGGAACAUGUUUUUGAUGAAUCUAAAAAGGCUCAGGGUGCCCUGAUAGAAGCUGUCGUGCGAGUGAAAGAGGAUCCCGGAAAGGUGAAUGACUCUAAGUCAGGAGUAGAUGAUGGUGGGAUGAGCAUGCUGGUGGACUCCAAGGAUAACCAGUACAUCCUGACCAAGGCCAAGGACUCUACAACACCACUCGCACACAAGCAGUUGAUCCAGGACAUCAUCUUGAUCCUGAGCAUGUCAUUCCUGUGGGGCUGGUUGUGCAAUAUUCUCCAUCUGCCUACCUUGUUUGGCUACGUCAUGACAGGACUGGUGCUGGGGCCAGCUGGACUUAAUAUCAUCAAGGCAGUUGUGCAGGUGGAAACACUGGGAGAGUUUGGAGUGUUUUUUAUCCUGUUUACCGUUGGGAUGGAGUUCUCCCCAGAUAAACUGAGAAAGACCUGGAAGGUAGCAGUCCUGGGCAGCCUGGCCAUGAUGCUGCUGAUGGUGUUGUGUGGGAUCCUGUGGGGAUAUCCUCUCAACAUCUCCUGGAAACAGAGUGUGUUUGUGUCGGCCUGCCUGUCCCUGUCCAGCACCCCACUGGUGGUCAGGUUCUUAAGCACGUCGGCACGGUCGGACCACAAGCAUGACGACCCUGAUACUAGUGACAUUGUUCCCACCGAGGAACUCUGUCUGGAUCUUACUCCGCAUGAUGGUCCAGCCGAAUCAGAACAGCCAUCAGGAAAAUCUAAGUGGAUUGGCAAAGUCUCCAGUGAGCUGGAUUACUCCUCCAUCCUGCUGGGCAUACUGGUGAUGCAGGAUGUGAUGCUGGGCCUCAUCAUGGCCAUCAUGCCCACCCUGGCCCCGUCAGGCCCGCCGGACGUUAUCGGCCAGUCCACCACUGACCACCGCUCGGCCUGGGACACGGUCAAGGCCAUCAUGGCCCUGCUGGAGGCUGUGGUCGUGGUGCUGGGACUCAGCUUUGUCCUGUCCAAGUACGUCAUGUCCCCGUUCUUCAGGAAACUCCACCUGCAGGGCAGUAAGGAGAUGCUACUGAUGGGGACAGUGGCCCUCUGCUUCCUCAUGCUACAGUUGACGGAUGUGCUGGGUGUGUCCAUGGAAGUUGGGUGUUUCCUGGCAGGUGUACUGGUCAGCUCACAGGGACAUCAGGUGGUGGAAGAACUGCUCAGUCUCAUCGACCCUGUCAAGGACAUAUUUGCCAGUAUCUUCUUUGCUACAAUAGGUCUUCAUGUCUUUCCAACCUUUGUGGUAUAUGAGUUGAGUAUACUCGCCAUCAUGACACUGGUAGUGGUCUCACUAAAGUUCAUCGUGGGGGUUGCAGUGCUGGGCCUGUUCCUGACCUCCCGCCAGUCCUUCCUGAAGUGGUUAGUGGCCGCUGGGUUGGCGCAGGUCAGCGAGUUUUCCUUUGUGCUGGGCAGCAGAGCACGCCGCCUGGGCAUCAUCUCAAGGGAGGUGUAUCUGCUAGUUCUCGGGGUGACCACCUUAAGCCUACUGCUGGCUCCAGCCUUGUGGCAACUCUCCCUCUGGCGCUUCCGGGUCAUCCGACGACGAUCCUUCAGUGGACCACAGAUGACAUGAUGAAGAAGUAAACUUAAGGCGCAGUCACAUCUGUCUUACAAGUAUUUGGUCGUGAGAUUUUUAGAAAAGGCAACUGUUACAAUAGAACCAAGCAUUGACAAGGAUCUGCAACUUUUUCCCAUCACAAGACAGGUGAAGAUUGUAUGUCAGGGGAUUGUCUCAAAAGUGUCCAAUAGUUGCUGUUGGAACAUAUUGUAGUACAAUGAAUGUGAAAGGACUCUUAUGGACUUAAAGGUACACAGAUGCCGACUUCUCACUUUCAGGUAAAAAUUAGCAGGUGUUACAGUUUUAUGUUGAAAUAUGAGAUUUAUUUAUCAAAAAUCUAUUUGAAUUUAUCUUAGUAUCAUUACUCACCGGGUAUGUACUUGAAGACAAAAAGGAUUAGCCAAAUGUAUGUGUAUGUUGAUAGCAAUAAUGAAAUUAUUAUAUCAGCACCUUUGGUAGCCUUGUGGUGGACUACCAUUGGAUGAAGUAAGUCAGUAAAUGAAAUUAAGAAUUUUUUUGCUUAUUAUUAUUGUACUGGUUACAAUGCAGCCAUUGAUGAAGAGAUUUUAGAAGACUGUGAAGGUACCAAAAGUAUAAUGUAGUACUCUGUAUUUUUGUGGUAACUCGAUGACUAUAAUUAUAUUUUGUCAUCACACGUUGAGUCUAUCAUUUACUACAUGUGCCUUUGUUAUACAACUGUGUAGCAUUCUGUGGAAAAAUUAAAGGUAGAACAGAA